UUGAAACCUUUUGCCCCUUCAAAAUUCAGAUAAACUUUACGAGAGAAGUUUCGUUCUAUGAUGUAUUUUGCCUCCAGAUCUCUGUUCGAUUCGCCAUUCUUGCUCGAAUCUACGGAAUCUUUUGCUGAUUCGCAGUUUUGAUUUAUGGUGGAAGCAGAAUUUCACCGUUUCGUGUCGUUCGGAGAUGGAUUUCUACGGAAUAAAGAGAAAGAAACUGCAAAAUCUGUGCAGGAAACACGGAAUUCCUGCGAAUUUGAAGAACAAUGAGAUGGCCGACAAGCUUACUUCCGCUUUUAAGGAAAAGGAAAAUGAAAACGAUGUUCUGGGGAAAGAAUUAUCGUCUGAGGAUUCUCUCCACAAGGAUUGUUGCAUUGAUGAGAAUCUGGUUGUAAAGAAAGCAACUAAGAAAGUAAAAUUCAGGUCUGAGAAUGAAGUAUUUGAAUUUACUCGAUCUGUCAAGAAACAUCCACGGAGGAGUGACAGGCUUCGAGGUGAAAGUUACGCCCAAGAUGUUCAAGAUGCUGAAAAAGGUGUGAGGCGAUCCAAGCAGAAUGCAGCCAAUGGGGUGUCAGGGGAUGAUGCAUCAGAGCCUGUACAGGGCCUACAGGCUGAAAAAGCGUGUAGCAGGUCGAGUUGUGAUGCGACACAAGGGCAUAAGAUUGUAAGGCGAUUGAAACGUAUUGCUUGCAGUCCUAGUGGGCAAGACGAGGCUGAACUUGUUAUUGAUAAGUUAUACACAGAUGGUCAGGGUCGAGUGACUGAACAACCGCAUGUAAGGUCUUCCCAGUUAGCAGGUAAAGAUCAUGCAAUCCGGUUGUCUCUUGGAAUCAAAGUCAAGGAACUGCAAAUGGAGGUCAAUCCUCGGGAUGAUUCCAAGUUAGAAAAAACUCGGAGGCCGUCCACACGGAUUUCUGCUGAUGUUAAAGAACCAAUUAUGGAAGGUGAGACAAAAGAGGUUGAAACCCUCUUCUCGGCUAAGGAUAGUAAAGGAGAAGGAAAGACUAGACGGUCAAAACGAUUUGCAGCUAGCAACAAAGCAGAAGGUGAAUACUCUGUCAAGAACAAUGUGAAGGAGUUAUUGGUGGAUAACGAGGUUCUGAGAACUGCAAUACAACCAAGAAAAAAUAUUCUGGAUGGUUCUGAAGUUGAAAAUGUUCCUAGGAGAUCCAGACGACUCGGAGACAAUGUUAAUGCGCUGAGUGCAGUUCCAGAAUCCAACAACAAUGAGCUGAUUCAGGUGGAUGGGAAAAGUAGCAAACAGGGUGAUGUGGAAGUAGAAAAGGCUCCUAGACGAUCAAAGCGACUGGGACCCAAUGAUGGUUCACAAGGAGCUCGGAAAAUUCAUGUGAGUAAUGCCCAUACGGAUGGUCAAACCGAAAAGAGAGAACAACCACCUAAAGAUUACUCUGUUCACCCUUUUCAAGACAGAAAGCUCUUACGUCGAUCAAAAAGUUUAGCGGUGGAUAAUAAUGAUGUGCAGGUUGGAGCCAAUUUCAAUAACAGUAACAUGCUUGUGAAGGAUCAGAAUCAAAUUACUGCGGAACAACACGGGAGAUUUACUGAUGAUAGUCCUCAAUUAGGAAAAGUUGUAAGGCGAUUAAAAAAGCUCGCUGCUAGUGAGGAUGAACAGAUUGGAGACCUUGGAAUAAAUGUGGUUGGACAACAAAUUGAAGAUAAGAGUCAAGCAGAGAGUAAAAGAACCAGAAAGUGUACUCAGGUUGGUCUUGAAGCAGAGAAUAAUUUAAGGAGAUCAAUAAGAUUUGCAGCUACAUAUGGUAAAGGAGCUGAAGGUUCUGUAGAUGAGAUGAAACAUCCACAGACUAAUAAUGAGGACCAAGUGCCCAUGAGACCCACUAGUAUUUCUUCUAGACAUAAUUCCAAGAAAGCACGAAUAGAGGUUGAAGAGAGUAUGGCUGUAAAGAAAACAGAUGAAGAGCUUGAAUCUCUACCCAAACCACAUGCAAAAGCUCCUAGGAAGAUGAAGCGGGAUAUAUCAGGAACGUCUAAGGUGAAUGCAGAAGUUGUAUCAAGUCAGAGCAGUGUGACACUGGAAGAACUUUCUGCUGUGUAUGGUGACGUGGGGCCAGAUGCUGCUUCAAUUGGUAAUGGUACAGAAAUUAGUUGUACUAAACUGACUGCUAGAAGAUCCUCCAAGAAGAGAAAGAUAGCUGACCAAGAAUGCACAAUGGAGAAGCCACAAGAACUGAUUGAUGUCUCGCCCUCCCUCUCUGCAACUGAACCUACAAAACCUGUUAUGGGUACCGAAAAUAUUUCGGACCCUCACUCAAAAAAGUCAGAUUGUGCUUCAGAGGGAAUGGAUUCUCAGCAAUUGAGUUCUGUACAAGGCCGUCGUAUUCAGGACGAAAAGAUCGACCACACUGAGACGACUUCAUUGUUGCUUCGGUUUCCUGACAAAGACUUAUUUGUUGGGGAAAAUGAUAACGAUUCUGGUGUAAAGUCGGAAGUGAAAAAAGGCACAGCUAACAGCAAAACUGUUGUGAAUCUACAUGACGAAACUGGUGGACAGACUCAGACAACUUCAGUACAAUUGGAAGAGAUCGAACUAAAAGCUCAGGUAGUUGUGGAUAGUGCACAUGUCCUUCCUAAGGAUAGUGCUUCAAUGUGCCUGACCAAACGGGAUACUAUAACCAAUAUGGAAAAUUUAGUUUCUGCUCUGGAAUUUGACCUUAAUGCAAGUAGUGGUGCAGCUAAAGAAAUCACAGAAGCAGCACAAGAUGUCAAGAAAGGAUCACGGGAAAAUAAUUUGUCAGUUCAAAUCGAAGUUGGUGAAAUAGACAAUAAAGGAGCAGAAGAACUCAUUGAAAGAAACAUUGAAGAAGACAAGCUGCCAGAACAUGAGUGCUUGGUUAUGGAUCCUAAAACUUCAGAAACCAUUGCAGUUACAGAGAAAGGAUCGGUAGAAAAUAAUUUUUUGGAUGGUGACUUUUCCGGCCACGUUGAAAUUGGUGAAGACAGUUCCAUGACCAUGAUUCAUCCCUCGACUAACCACCACCAAGAUUUGGAAAAAUCUGGACCUUCUUCUUCUAUCCACAGUCCGGAUCUGAUAACUGGUGAUGAAUCGGAAAAUAAGAGCGCAGGUGAAUUCAUAGAAACAUCAACCACUGAAGAAGAGGAGUCACCAGCGGAAACCUUAGACCAAAGUGAGGAGAAGUACAAAGAUUAUGAAACGAAAGUCAUGUCGGAUUCGGGGUUGGAUUCCGAAGAACGUUCUGUAAGUACAAGUACGUUAAGUGGAGGUGAGAAUGAGAUAGAGAAAUCUCUUGAAGGAGAAGCAACUGCUUUGCAGUCAGAGUCACAUGAUUCCUUUAACACCAGCAAAAGCAUCUCUCAAGCUGAGCUCGCGGUUCAAAAUGGCAUUAUCAUUGAUGAACAAGUUCCAGGCGAGAAGCCACUCCAACGCAGAGUGACAGAGAAACGCCAGUCAGAUCCAGUUCAGUCGAAUUAAUAGAAGAUCAGAACAACAACAUGGAUGGCACAAACACACUGUCUGAAAGGGAGGUUCAGCUCAGUUGUUUAACCAAGGGAGGAGUAAACAGGAGGGAACAGAGCUUGAUUCAUGGUACACAAGUGAAACCCGACAGCUCCGACGGCAGCGUCGAAGAGACAAAAAAGAUUCUCUCUUCUCUAUUUUGUCUGAUUGGCAUAUCUCAUGCUCCUUUCAUUUCAACUAAAACAAAAGUAGAUGACCGACGAUGCCCUCCGAGUCUCCACAUGCAGACUCAGACGGGCUAGGGCCCAUUUAGGGCCCAACAAUAGCAGAAGGUAUUUAUUUCCAAUGGGUUUUCAAAUAUUUAA